AUGGACUCGCAAUAUUCUCAAUUUAGUCAACAGCAACAGGCUUAUGAUGUCAAUCCUUACCACCAGCCUUACCAAGGUCCCAUGUAUCCUUUGCCCGGAUCUUCCUCAAACCACAGCGCACCUGUUCCAGCGAAUGCGUACGAGUAUGAUGUGGGCAUACUUGCGCAACAGAGUGUCUAUGUUCCCGGAGCUAUGAUCGACAAGCGCGGUGGCGCUGGUGGGAAACUUGCGAAAGGUGGAAAACGUACUACUGUGCUCCGUAAGGGUGGUGGAAAGGUCUGGGAAGAUCAGACUCUUCUCGAGUGGAACCCAUCUUGGUUCCGCUUGUUCGUGGGAGAUCUUAGCAACGAUGUCUCAGACGAUGUCCUCGCGAACGCCUUCAAUCAAUACACAUCUUUCCAGAAGGCCCGCGUCAUACGCGACAGAUUGAGCCAGAAGGCAAAGUAUGGUUUUGUCGCUUUUUCAGAUCCAGAAGAUUUCCUCAAAGCUUGGAAAGAGAUGGAUGGUAAAUAUGUAGGUAACCGUCCAGUCAAGCUCAAGAAGGCAGAUGAUACUGCUAUUCGACCUGUAGAGAUAGGGCACCGAAAGGCUAGACAGCUCGAGAAGGACUUGAAGAAGAAUAGGAGCAAGCCUUAUUAA